AUGAGGGUCAAGUUUGUUGUUUAUACUGGGGGGAAGUGGGAUGUCAUUAACGGAAACAUUGAGUAUGUUACUCAUGGCGAUUCAAGGAGACGUGGUUUAGAAAUUGAAACAGAUCAUUCAUAUAAUAGUUUUUUAAACUAUGUUUCUAAGAUGUGUGAUACUCCAAACAUUAUGCGGUUGUCAUACCGGAUGUCUACGUUUACUGAUCUGAUCGAUAUAAUUAAUGAUCGAGAUGUUAGAUUUUUUUUGAUUUGGCGACGCAGAAUCCUUUUGAAUUAUAUAAAGUAUAUGUUAUUCAAGAGUUUGGUGUUGGUUCCUCUGGUUUUUCUAACUCCAGAUCUAAAUAUUUCAGUAAAAGAAAGUGUUGAUGUUUUAAACGAUGAGUGUCCUAUUUUAGAAAAUAAUUUUGAAAAAUCAUCCACUUCUAACAACGAAUCAGCUUCUUCAUCUAUAGUGUUUGAGGCCGGUCAUAUAUUCAAUAACAAAGAAGAGAUGAAGCUUGAGUUGGGAAAGAAAUGUUUGUUAGAGCAUUUCGAGUUUAAAGUUGAUAGAUCAUCAAAGACACGGUAUGAAGUGUCAUGCAUGGGUGAUGGUUGUGAAUGGCGAUUUAAGGCAUACGCUAUUCCUGGUGGUAGUUUAUUUUUUGUUAAACAUAUGAACAAUAGACACACCUGUUCGAAGACGCAAACACACCCACAUUUCCGUCAGGCUAACCCAAAGGUUUUGGGUCACUUUUUAAAGGAACAACUAAAAGACAGUGGUAGGAUAUAUCGAGCGAAAGAGAUUGUCAAAGAUUUUAGACAAAGGUUUGAGGUUGAGAUAACAAAGCUUCAAGCUUGGCGUGGUAAAAGCCAUGCACUUGAACUUCUACAAGGAACAACCCGAGACUCUUUUGCCGAACUACUAAUAUACUGUUACAAUUUGAAGCUUGCAAAUCCUGGAAGCGUUACUCACAUCUUGGUUGAUGAGCAGAGUCGUUUUGAAAUGGUUUUUGUUGCUUUAGGUGAUGCGAUUCGUAGCUUUAUGUUUAAUCUAAGACCGGUCGUUAUCAUUGACGCGGCACACCUAAAGGGUGAAUUUAAAGGGACGUUGUUUUUAGCAGUGGGCAUGGAUGGAAAUAAUCAGAUUUUACCAAUUGCUUAUGGCAUUGGAAAAUCAGAGGAUGGUGAAUCUUGGACAUGGUUUCUCUCAAAGCUUAGAGACCGUGUUGGUGAAAUAACAGAUAUGGCGAUCAUUUCGAAUAGGGCGAAUUCUAUACAUGUAGAGUACGAGGCACUAUGGUGGAAGACAUGUAAAUCUUAUUGGAUGUCUGACUUUAACGAGUCAUUCAAUGCUUUGUGUCUUGCCGUUCCUAGAAUACGACAAGUUUUAACAAAUAUUGGGUUUGGUAGAUGGGCAAGAGCUCAUUGUCCUAGCAAUCGAUACCACUAUAUGACAUCUAAUAGUGCGGAGUCUAUUAACUCUUUGUCUAGAUUCUCGCUUAAGAUGCCGAUAACGCAACUUAUCGAAUUCUUCCGCGAGUCUGUACAAAAAUGGUUUUAUGACCGUCGACUGCAGGGCAUGCAGGAGAGCCACUCACUGACUCAGUGGGCACAGAAGAAAAUUUUAAAGAAAAUUAAAGGGUCUAGAACCUGGAAUGUUGCAGGCAUCGGGGUAAACAGUUUUGUUGUUAAAGACGGUGGGAAAAAGGGUGUAAUUGAUUUUUUGAAUCUUUCGUGCAGCUGCCGUGUCUGGGAAGUUUCGGGUCUACUUUGUGGGCAUGUGAUUGCUGUUUCAAGAUUUUUAGGUGAACCUAACUGCAGUCAUUAUGCAUUCUCGUGUUAUUCAAACGAAGUAUACAAAAAACGUAUGAAGAAUCGAUUAAUCCUCUGCCUCAUAGGUCUAAAUGGGUGA